GGGAUGGGGGGAGGGCUGGUGGCUGAGAGGCCCCUGAAAAUGGGGAAGCUAUGGGUGGCCCUCUCCUUGUCCCUUUCAGGCCAGCAGCUGAGGGUCCCAGGAACUGGGAAGGGGAGAGCAGGUGGUGAGCACCCCCACUGUGGGGUGACCCGCUAGAGGUGUGCCCCAGGCAUGAGGCACCCGGACAGGGGCAUCCUCAGGAGUGGGUCGGGCACCCAGGCUGCUCCGUCCUGCUGCCCACCCGUCCCCAUGGGCUCCUUCCAUGGGUGCCCCCGGGCACUGGCCCUGGCAGGGCCUCUGGGGAAUAAUGGCCUGGCCCCAUGGUUUCCUCGGAACACAACCUCAGGUGCUUUCCCGAGCUAGGUGCCCCUCCACCCGCAAUUCCUGUUCCCGCCGCGCUGCCUGCCCCGCGCUGUCCCAAAAUCCCCACGUGAAAGGGAGUCAGUGUGGCUUUGCUUUGGGGGCAACGGGAGGGGGUGGGCAGGGGCCCUGGGGCAUCUGCCCAGUGGCCCAGCCUGUGGGUGACAUCUCUAGGGAAGAAGGACGGUGACUAUGUUUAGCAGCGAGUGGAGCUAAGGGGACACAGCCCCCAGUUAGUCAUGUGUAGCAGGAGCCGGGGGCCUGGCUUGCAGACCGGCCGUGGUGGUCAGCACCGGAGGACCCCACAGAGUCUGUGGGGCACAUAGGCGGGGACGGGAGCCCUGAUGGAGAGCAGGGCAGUUUGGUCCGGGUGUGGCUGGGCUGAUGGCUUCUCCUGGGAUGCUGUCUCGGAUGCCCAGGCGAGGCUGAGGGGUGUGGUCAUGAUGCGGUGGCUGGAACAGUAAGACUGGCCCCUGGGGAGUCGAUACCAUUUUAUUAACCGGUAAGUCUGUGGGCAGGCGGCGGGAGCUUGGCAGACAGUAUCCCGCCUCCCGGCCACUGUGGUCUGGCCACUGGGAGAGUUGGCCUGGUCGGCCCUGCAAGGAAGAGCAGCCACCGCAUCCGAGUGGGUCUGUGCAGGGGGCUGUGGCCCUGUCUGGGUGGGCAGGACCCCCACAGCCUGGUCCCAGAGGUGUGGGUCUGACCUCCUUGGGGGCUGGAAGAUUACAGGUUGACCAUGAGGCAUCUAUUCCCAGGUGGGAGCGCUGCCCUUCCCAGGGUCGGGGCGAUGAGGCUGGUGGGGAGCUGAGACCAAGGCCCCAGGCCCUGAGGACUCCAGCCAGCCCCGCCCAGAGCCCCUGAGAGUGGGGCUCUCAGUGGCCCUUGGCUUGGCAGGUGGUGUUGGGGGACAAAGGCUCUGGAGUCUUCUUCGAUGAGUAGGGAGGUGCACCUGGCCAGGCUGGGCAGGCCUCAGGGGAGACAAGACAGGGUGGCCUGCAUUCAGGUGGAAUAGGGCCCUGGGGUGGUUCUGAGGGUGUGGGGUUUGGGGGUCCAGUUUGUUAAUAGGAGCUGGGUAAGGAGGAGGUGAUCUGGGCCCUGCCCUGUGCCCCUUGGCUGAGCUGUCCUGAGGUGUAGACGGGUGGCGUUGGCAGAAGCCUCAGGGCAGGGAGGAGGGUGCCCGGUCUGGACACUCAUGUGUGCGGGCAGGUAGCUGGGAUAUCCCACCUCCAUAUUCACCUGCCCAGUCCCUUCCAAGACCCCACCUGUCAGAGUGGGCAGGGCCUGCAGGGCCCACAGGCUGAUGCUGGCCUUGAGACCCUACACCGGGCUGGCCCCCCCACCCUCCUCUGGUUCUCAGGUUCCUCCGUCUCCUCGACUUCGGGUGGCUUUGGGGAGCAGGGCCCAUCCUGGCUCUCCAGUUCCCUCUGACCCUGGAGCUGUGCCCCGUCCUCUUCCCAGGGGCUAGAGCUGCACGGCCUUGGAGCCCUCUGCCACCCCAAAGCCCGUUGCUGAGCUGGGCGAGUGGUCAGGCGGCGAGAGUCUCGUCCCCGCCCGCCUGCCCACCCCAGGCCCUGCCCUCCUUGCUGACGAUGCUGAUCCCUGGCUCUGAGCCGCCCUGAUCCCUUGAUCCGUCUCAGCCCCCGGGAGGCCCCGGACGACCUGCCCAAGGACCUGGGGUCUCCUGGAGCCUGGGACGCCAGAGCCUUUAGCCCACCACUCUGGGGUGGGGGGAGGCAGGGGAGCCACGAGGCCGGCGCGUCCCCAGGACCAACGGCCAAGGCGGGGUGGGAGUUGGCCGGCCAGGCGGGAGGCCUGGCGCCCCGCGAUGCCGGCCGCCCCCGCGGAGGGCCAGCCCGUGGCCCUGAGCUUGGCAGAGAAGGCCGUGUGCAAAGUGGUAUACGGUGCCCCCCGCCCCCGCCCCCUGCUGCUGCCCGUGGGCCUGGAGCUAUGGCUGUAUGUGGAGAAGAUGCGUCGUCACCUGCAGAGGAAGAGGAUGGAGACCUCGUGCCUGGAGCUGGCCCUGGAGGGCGAGCGUCUCUGCAAGGCCGGGGACUUCAAGGCGGGCGCGGCCUUCUUCGAGGCAGCGGUGCAGGUGGGCACCGAGGACCUGAAGACUCUCAGCGCCAUCUACAGCCAGCUGGGCAAUGCCUACUUCUACCUGAAGGAGUACUCCCGGGCGCUGGAGUACCACAGGCACGACCUGCUGCUGGCCCGGACCAUCGGCGACCGCAUGGGGGAAGCCAAGGCCAGCGGGAACCUGGGCAACACACUCAAGGUGCUCGGCCGCUUUGACGAGGCCAUUGUGUGCUGCCAGCGGCACCUGGACGUCGCCCGGGAGCAGGGGGACAAGGUCGGGGAGGCCAGGGCAUUGUACAACAUCGGCAACGUGUACCACGCCAAGGGCAAGCAGCUCUCCUGGAACGCCGCACAGGACCCCGGGCACCUGCCGCCCCAUGUCCGGGAGCCACUGCGCAGAGCCUCCGAGUUCUAUGAGAGGAACCUGUCCCUCGUGAAGGAGCUGGGCGACCGGGCGGCCCAGGGCAGGGCAUAUGGCAACCUGGGCAACACACACUACCUGCUGGGGAGCUUCGUGGAGGCCACGACCUUCCACAAGGAGCGCCUGGCCAUUGCUAAGGAAUUUGGAGACAAGGCGGCCGAGAGGAGGGCGUACAGCAACCUGGGGAACGCCCACAUCUUCCUGGGGCGCUUUGACGUGGCCGCCGAGUACUACAAGAAGACGCUGCAGCUGUCCCGGCAGCUCAAGGACCAGGCGGUGGAGGCACAGGCCUGCUACAGCCUGGGCAACACCUACACUCUGCUGCAGGACUAUGAGCGCUCGGCCGAGUACCACCUUCGGCACCUGCUCAUCGCCCAGGAGCUGGCCGACAGAGUGGGAGAGGGCCGGGCGUGCUGGAGCUUGGGGAAUGCCUACGUGUCCAUGGGGAGCCCGGCACAGGCCCUGACCUUCGCCAAGAAGCACCUGGAGAUCUCCCAGGAGAUCGGGGACCGAAACGGGGAGCUCACGGCCCGCAUGAACGUGGCACAGUUGCAGCUGGUGCUGGGCCGGCUGAGCAGCCCCGCGGCCACGGAGAAGCCCGACCUGGCCGGCUACGAGGCCCAAGGUGCCAGGCCCAAGAGGACACAGAGGCUGAGUGCAGAGACCUGGGGCCUGCUGAGGCUCCCCCUGGAACGGGAGCAGAAUGGAGACAGCCACCAGCUGGGGGAGUGGCGGGGGCCGGGCAGGGACAUGCUCCCGCUCCCCAUGAGGAGCAGGAAGUACCAGGAGGGGCUGGAGACCGCUGAGAGGCCCCGCGAGGGCGGCCACUCCCCGCUGGACAGCGCGGACGUCCGGGUGCAGGUGCCUCGCACGAGCAUCCCUCGGGCCCCGUCCUCCGACGAGGAGUGCUUCUUUGACCUGCUGAGCAAGUUCCAGAGCAGCCGCAUGGAUGACCAGCGCUGUACCCUGGAGGAGGGUCAGCCCGGGGCCGCCGAGGCCACCGCCGCCCCCAGCCUGGAGGAGAGGGUCGCCCGGCCCUCGCUGACGGCCUCCCCGCAGACCGAAGAGUUCUUCGACCUGAUCGCCAGCUCGCAGAGCCGCCGGCUGGACGACCAGCGUGCCAGCGUAGGCAGCUUGCCCGGGCUCCGUAUCACCCACAACAACCUGGGACACCUGCGUGCCGACGGGGACCCGCAGGAGCCUGGGGACGAGUUCUUCAACAUGCUCAUCAAGUGCCAGUCCGCCAGGAUCGACGACCAGCGCUGCCCGCCUCCCGACGUGCUGCCCCGAGGCCCCACCAUGCCUGACGAGGACUUCUUCAGCCUCAUCCAGAGGGUGCAGGCCAAGCGGAUGGACGAACAGCGGGUUGACCUCGCCGGGAGCCCGGAGCAGGAGGUCAGCGGGAGACCCGAGCCCCGACAGCAGUGCCAGCCUGGCGCCACCUAAGGCCUUGUGACUGCAGCCAGGCCGGCCCCACCCCCGCUCCUGGACUGGGGGCCGGGGUGGGGGGUGAGGGGCGGAGGGCUCACGGUCAUCUGCCCAGAAGCCCGUUCCUCUGGAGGCCACGGCUGAGCACAGGCUCCAAGCCCUCUGGCCCUUUCCACUGUGGCAGACGCUGGGCACACAGCCCCCACAUCGGCUCCCUCCCAGGGUGGCAGGCUCAGGUCAGGGCUGCCCUGGAGGGCGGCUGUGCUCCUGUCCUAGAGCAGCCCCCGGGUGGUACACGGGCCUCCCACAGGCCUGCCAGGCCUUCCCCCUGCCCCAGGUCUAGCUCUCUCCCUGCCCCAGGCCAGCCUUCCCCCUGCCCCAGGCCCGGCCCUCCCCCUGCCCCAGGUCUAGCCCUCUUCCUGCCCCAGGCCCAGCUCUCUCCCUGCCUCAGGCCCAGCCCUCCCCCUGCCCCAGGCCCAGCCUUCCCCCUGCCCCAGGCCCAGCCCUCCCCCUGCCCCAGGUCUAGCCUUCUUCCUGCCCCAGGCCCAGCUCUCUCCCUGCCCCAGGCCCAGCUCUCCCCCUGCCCCAGGCCUGCAGCUUGUUGGAUCCAAACCCUCUGUGGCGCCCCCCUGCCCUGCCCAGCUCCAUCCUGCCUGGCAAAUGUGAAGAUGCUGUUGCCUCCCUUAAAUCCCCAAAGGCCCCUCUGACGGCUCUUCUGUGGGGCUUACCAGUGACACGGACAUUUCCGUCCUCCCAGAGGUGGUCCUGGGAUGAUGGAACCUGUUUGCCCCAGUCCCAGCCUCUCUCCCACAGGGAGGGGUCCCUCUCAGCCCUUCGGCCCUCCCACCUCCCCCAGGCUAGAGAAGGUGCGAGGUGGUCUCAGCCUGGAACCUGGCACAGCAGCGGAGGCAGGCCAGGUGCCCCCACACAGAGCCGCCAGGUCCUGGCAUUUCAGCCCCCCAGCCGGCACCCAGUCUUGACCAGGCAGGGGCAGUGGAUGGGUGGGAUGGGCUGUGACACCCCUCAACUCCAAGCUCCGAUGCCCAGGGACAGAGCAGGACGGGACAGAGGCCCAGGACAGGGACCGCGGCAGGGCCGGGGGCUGGCAGUGAAAGCUGGGGGAGUUCAGCUCGACCCAACCCUGGGCACCCAGCCCUCACUGCACCCCAAGCUGGGAAGGUGACAUCACUGCCUUCUAUGGGGAGGGUCCAGCCCCCACACAGCCAAGCCCACCCACGGGAUUGCGCAGGAAAGGCCCCUGCCUUGGCCCGCCACCAGCCCUUCUGGAGAGCGCACCCCCCCCCCCCCCCACAGCCCCGCGGCCCCCAGGGCGUGAGGUGGCCACGUCCUCCUCAGGCGGUGCCCCAGCUGGGCUCCCUCCAUCUUUCUCAGAGGCCCUCCUGGCAGGGGAGGCGGCCGGACCCCCACCCUGCAGUACGGCCUGGGGGCCCUGGACUCUGAUGCUCUGAAAGGUGUGGGUGGGAGCCCGGGGUGGGGGGGUCAGAUGCCAGAACACGGGCCCCCCUCGGGCCCCCACAUACUUGAAUGUACAAGCAUAUUUAUUGCUCACACGUGUUUGCCCUGUUGUCAGUGGGUCCUUUCCAACCCAAGAGGUACAUGGUUUUUUGUUUUUCCCAAAAAAAUAAAGUCUGCCAAGUGAA